AUAAAAUUUUUAUAGAAGCCGAAAAUAAGCGAAAAGAAUUACUUAAGUCCGGAAGAUUCAUUGCUAAACAUAUGCAUCCUCACCAGAAAACCCAUAGCAAAUUAUUAAAUCCUACUAUAAAUUCUAUGCUUUCAAGUUUACAUCGAAGUUUCAGAUUUUCUAGGCCUGAUUCUGUAAAUUCUUUUCAAUAUAUUAGUAAUGAUUCAUUACUUAU